AUGUCGUCAAGAACCCGUCCCAAGAAUCUGUCACCGAAAACCAGGAAGAAAGAGGAUGAUGAUUAUGGGGAGACCGGUAAGAAAUGGUCAUCUCGUUCAAACAGUGGAACAGGACGUUCUGUGUACUGGCGACACAUUCUACUGAUGCUCAUUUCGUGGGGCUUACUCAUCAAUUACUAUGAGAGAAGUGUGGUCAAGAGAGCAAUGAAUAAUUGCCAAUGGGGUCGAUGGGAAGAUUGGCCCGAGCAGGCCGAAGCACAUAGGGUAGGCUUAUUUGCAGAUCCGCAAAUAAUGGAUGCUUAUUCAUAUCCUGGCAGGCCAAGAUUUGUCAACUAUCUUACAAGUUUAAUAGUCGACCAUUAUCAUAAACGAAACUGGAAAUUUGUGCAUUACUAUUUGAAGCCUGAUACCACAUUCUUUCUUGGUGAUUUAUUCGAUGGUGGUCGGUACUGGGAAGAUGACUAUUGGAUUGAGGAGUACAAGAGAUUUAAUAAAAUUUUCCCUAAACGGCCCUUCAGUAAAACUGUGAUGAGCAUCCCUGGCAAUCAUGACAUCGGAUUUGGAAACGAUAUCAUUGAAAAGAGUUUAAAUCGUUUUAAGACCUAUUUUGGAGAACCUUCGUCAUAUUUGGAUGUCGGCAAUCAUACUUUUGUGCUGCUAGAUACGAUAUCGCUUUCAGAUCGUGUCAAUCCGAAUGUUGCCUCAGCUCCAAAGGAGUUUUUAGACAACUUUGCCCAAGAAUCGCACCCAUUGCCAAGGAUCUUACUGUCUCAUGUACCGCUAUACAGAGAUCCACAAAAGCAAGUGUGUGGUGACAAGCGGGAGUCCAAAAACCCUUUCCCACUACAACAGGGUGACCAAUAUCAAACUGUAAUAGAUGCAGACCUAUCUCAAGACGUCUUGGCAAAGGUUCAACCAAAAAUAUUGUUUUCUGGGGAUGAUCAUGAUUAUUGUCAUAUCUCUCAUAGCUACCUAUCUGAUGGGAUCAGCAAGACUGCGGAAGAGAUCACUGUAAAAUCCUGUGCCAUGAAUAUGGGUAUUAAUCGACCCGCUAUUCAGUUACUGUCACUUCACAAUGACCCAGAUUCAUUUACUGAGAAAACAUAUCAAACCAAUAUCUGCUACAUGCCGGACCCUUUUAAACCCGUAAAGAUGUACAUAUUGAUGCUGAUCUUAUCGGCGGGUUGGCUCGGUUAUAUGCACUUCUUUCCUCGGUCUUUCAAUCGAUCAGUAGCUAGCAGGAUGGGGAAGACUUCUCGUGCUGUUGACUCUUCGUUACCAAUGCCUGUAAGUGCUUCACACAAAUUAGAAAGCGACAUUAAUUCUCAAUAUCGGGUGAAGGAGGAAAUCUCGAUCAUUUCUUUGAUGAUAAACGCAGGCAUCUCACUCGUUUUAGUUCUGCUCGUUUUUGCGUACUUUUACAGUUCUGUAUGA